AGGUGUGACCGUGCGUUCUUCGAGGGGAGAAACAUGGAUGCGCGUGCACCGCCUGCGUGUGGUGCAUGUCCGCGUAGUUCCGGAGACGGGGCAGGGCUGCUCGUGCACAGAGGUUUAGGGACGAGGACGGGUCUGGUGGCAGGCAAACACUGACGUGAGGAGUUGCCGGUUAGGGAGGAGCCGCCAUCUUUUGCUGUGAAUCCGCGGGGGGCUGGGGGCAGAGUGAGGGGCGAAUACGGUUCAGAAAUAAAAUCUGGAACAAUUCAUUAUAGGGUUACAUUGGCAUGAUAAUAUUGGCGAACGUCUGUAACAGUAAUAUUAAAAGCCCUGCUCGGAGUGAAGUGACAUCGUGAUAUUCUCACACUUAGUGAGGUUCUGGGUGUAGCAGACUCCCUUUUUUAAAAAAAAGAACCGGAUCGGAAAAAGACGUCGCUGCCGGUGAAAACGAAACCGCGUUUAUUCACUGACGCCCGUUUCAUUUCCCCAUCUCACUUUCCCGGCCUGACAGGAAACGCUGCUGACUGUACAUCCUCGCACUGAGAUCGGACCAUCAAUUUGAAGCAAACGGAUGUAUGACACCAUGUCCACAAUGGUGUAUUUAAAGGAAGAUAAACUGGAAAAGCUGUCACAAGAAGAGAUUAUUGGCAAGACAAAGCAAGUGAUCCAAGGACUUGAAGCCUUAAAAAAUGAGCACAACUCUAUUUUGCAUAGCCUGCUGGAAACCCUGAAAUGUCUUAAGAAAGAUGAUGAGAUGAACUUGGUUGAAGAGAAAUCCAACAUGAUCCGCAAGUCUCUGGAAAUGUUAGAACUUGGUCUCAGUGAGGCACAGGUGAUGAUGGCAUUAUCCAGUCACCUAAGUGCAGUGGAAUCAGAAAAACAGAAAUUACGUGCUCAGGUGCGUCGAUUGUGUCAGGAGAACCAGUGGCUACGGGAUGAGCUGGCGAACACUCAGCAAAAAUUGCAAAAGAGUGAACAGAGUGUAGCUCAAUUGGAAGAGGAAAAGAAACACUUAGAAUUUAUGAAUCAACUCAAAAAAUAUGAUCCAGAUUCUUCACCACUGGAGGACAAGGAUACUGAUUCAUCCAAAGAACCAUUAGAUGACCUUUUCCCAAAUGAAGAUGAUGAAGCAGGACAGGGAAUUCAGCAACAACACAGCAGUGCAGCCGUUGCAGCACAGCAGGGUGGUUAUGAGAUACCAGCCAGACUAAGGACCUUACAUAAUUUAGUCAUACAGUAUGCAUCUCAAGGCAGGUAUGAAGUAGCCGUACCUCUUUGUAAACAGGCUCUUGAAGAUUUGGAGAAAACAUCAGGGCAUGAUCAUCCUGACGUUGCUACUAUGCUCAAUAUUCUUGCUUUGGUGUACAGAGAUCAGAACAAAUACAAAGAGGCAGCAAACCUACUUCAUGAUGCCUUAGCCAUUCGAGAGAAGACCUUGGGUAAAGAUCACCCUGCGGUGGCAGCUACAUUAAAUAAUCUUGCAGUACUUCAUGGAAAAAGGGGAAAAUAUAGAGAGGCUGAACCCAUGUGUAAGAGAGCUCUGGAAAUACGUGAAAAGGUACUGGGUAGGGAUCAUCCUGAUGUGGCAAAACAGCUAAAUAAUUUGGCAUUGUUAUGUCAGAACCAGGGAAAGUAUGAAGAAGUAGAAUAUUAUUAUGAACGUGCAUUGGAGAUUUAUCAGACAAAACUUGGACCUGAUGAUCCAAAUGUAGCAAAGACAAAAAACAACUUGGCUUCUUGCUACCUAAAGCAAGGCAAGUUCAAACAAGCAGAAACAUUGUAUAAAGAGAUUCUCACUCGUGCUCAUGAAAGGGAGUUUGGUUGUGUGGAUGAUGAAAAUAAGCCUAUUUGGAUGCAUGCUGAAGAAAGAGAGGAACAGUGCAAGGGAAAACCAAAAGAUGGCACCACAUUUGGUGAAUAUGGAGGCUGGUACAAGGCAUGCAAAGUUGACAGUCCAACAGUAACAACAACAUUGAAGAACCUUGGGGCACUUUAUAGACGUCAGGGCAAGUUUGAAGCAGCUGAAACACUGGAAGAAGCAGCUCUGAGAUCUCGUAAACAAGGUCUUGAUAAUAUUCAUAAACAAAGAGUAGCUGAAGUACUUAAUGAUCCUGAGAGCAUAGAGAAAAGAAGAAGCCGUGAAAGUCUAAAUGUAGAUGUGGUAAAAUAUGAGAGUGGUCCUGAUGGAGGCGAAGAAGUGAGUAUGGGCGUAGAAUGGAAUGGGGAUGGAACUGGAUCUUUGAAGCGGAGUGGCUCCUUCAGCAAACUGCGAGCCUCCAUUAGACGCAGUAGUGAAAAAUUAGUGAGAAAGCUGAAAGGUGGAAGUCCACGAGAUAAUGAGCCAAAGAACUCUGGAAUAACUUCAACUACCUUAUGAGGCUUUCAGAAAAGAACCUUAAAAUGAAGUGAGCACAACUAGAAGGAUACCCAGUACUGAACUGAACAAUUCUACAUUUAACCUGACUGCCUUCUUCCCUAUGUUUAACUCAUACUGGACCCAGAAAAAUAAUCUGGUAUCUUUAACUCUGUAAUGGUAACAAUUUUGUUUGUCACGGUUUUUUGCCGUUUGUGAUCUAUAUUUCUGGUUUAAAAAGAAAUCUUACAUUGUUUUUUUGGUAAGGUAGCUUAACAUUCAUUUUGUAAACUAGCAAAUCUUUUGCUAAAUUAUUAGUUGAACCUCUUGCUAAUUAUAGAAUUAGUUUUGUAAACAGAAUAUGUUAAGUUUGCCUGUGUAUUAGCUGAAAAAUGUUCAGCAACCAGUUAAUGAAGAACCAAAAGUUCUGUUUAUAUUACUAUGAUAACCACAGUACCCUAAAACCAUCUUCAUUGUGAAUGAAAUGAGCCACAUGCAAGUGGAGAAGUGCCACACUAAGAACAAGUUCAUAGUUUAGUGUAGUGUGACUGCAGCGUUAGAAAUUAUUUGUCACCAAGGAAGGUAUUUUGUGUGACCAAGCAGAAUUGGUCAAUACAUAUAAUGAUUGCCUUUUGUUACUCAUAUUGCCAAAUUUAUUUGGAGCUUUUUAUAAUUCAUGCCGCAUCACCACCCACCUUUCCUCCUUUGUGUUCUUGCCUAGACAUUCCUCAUCCCUUAUUGAUUUAUUCUCACCUAGUAAUUGUUUCCAUGCUGGGGUUGCUGCAGUUUAUGGGUAGUGAGAGUUCUGUUGCAUAAUUUAUUCAAAAGGUGUCAUGUAGGAGUGCUGGCAAGUGUCUCAAUCAUUACUUGUCAUCUCUGCUAAUGACAAUUUUAAUUAUAUACAUCACAGAUAAUUCCAGUUAAUAAAUGUGUUGCUAAAUAUAAGACUGUGAUACAUACUUUUGCUGUUGACUUGAAUAUCGCUUAAUAAUGGAGAUUGAAAGGUCAAAGUAUGGUCCCUCUUCUUAGUUGAAUACUCACUGAGAUAACAGUUGCAGAAAAUAUUACUCGAAUGUAAUAUAAUGAUUCCACUUUCACAUUCACACACGUGCCAUUAUUUACAUUUGUCACUUGUACUUUCAGUUCAUAAGAUUACUUUGAACUAGUGACCAGAAUAGAAUGAAAUUGGAACGUUCUGUUUCUUUCCUGUGAUUGCUUAACCUCUUGACUGGUUUUUAAUAAUCUUAAUCCUGCAAUGGUUAAGAUAAUUAGCCAAACAACCAAGCUCAUCCAUUAUGACUGGCAUUGUUGAAACCAUGAAGAAAACUAAAUAAUUUCCUUUCCCUUUAGGAACUUGGACUGUCUUAAUUUUAUCUAAAUCAAAGCAAAUGGGAAUCAUAUUUUAAUUAAAUGGAUGUACUAAGUUAUACAAAAAUUCUCUGAUUUGCUCUUCUGUAUGUUAAAUUACUGGGAAAAGUUUUGAAAUUCUUAUUGUUGUGGGAUCUGUUUAGAGAUGCAACUAAUAUCACUAAACUGUUUACUAUGCUUAUUAGUUCUGAAGCCUAUCAGGUACAAGAAUGUAUGAAGUUUUCUAACUGUUGCCAGCAGGUUGACUGCUUCCUCAUUAGAGUAGUGGAGAUGACUAGAAAUCCUUUGAGUGUCAGUUUGAUUUUAUUCAUGCAGUUUUUGCCCACUGUGUGCUGAUUAGUGUCUCUUUCUGAAAAAGCAAUCUUGCUGGGGAGCUGAAAUUGGGGAUUUAAAAAAAAAUUCUCAUUCAGGGAGGCCAGUUGAAAAAACUUAGUCGUGCAAUACAAUGUGAAGAGGCCCUUUGGUUCUGCACUGACAAAAACUACUCUAAAUCCACACCGCUCCCAUUUUCCAGUCUUCAAUGUUCUGAAUGUUGAUCAAAUAUGUCCACCUUUCAUUUAAGCAAUGUGGCCACACCUUAGAUAUUCUCCACGCAUUAGCAAUGCAAUCUCCUAGGAUGGUCAAAUUAAAAGAACAGACUAAAGGAAGGAAGGCUCUGUGGGGAAAGAGUUCUGAGAAAUUUUCCUUCUACUCAAAUGUAAUCAGAAACUAUUUCUAGGAGAUGGGUACAUUAUCUAGCAUCAUUAUCUACUUUUGUAUAGUCCUUUGAAACAUUUGCAAGAAAUACACAGCCAUUGUAAGUGUUGGUAACCUGUUCUAAAAGUCAGUCAUUCUUUGGGAAAAAAAAUCUUCUUGACAUUUAACCUUGUUACCCUAAUGUUUCUAAUUCAAAAAAUCUGCUUAAACCUUAUCCCUUCAUCAUUUUAUAUAUUUGUUUUCCUGAAGUAAUUGAAAGCGGACUGAAUGAACCAUUUUGAUUGGUUGCUGAGGUCUUAACUGCUCAUCCCAGAGGCUAUUUGCUGUUGAGAUUCAGUCAUUUAAUUGAAAUACUAGCUGAGCUAUUGCUGCUCCUUAUCCAGUAAGAACCUAAACCAAUGUGGCAAUAGGUGGCCAAGGAAACCUAAAAACAAAGGGAAGUGACCAUUCUCAACAUUAUGCUUCAAGUGGAUUUACAGUACUACUAAAGUUGAAUUCAUUGCAAAACACUCUGUACAGCUGAUGCUUUUAUCUUAAAACAAAGCUGGAAUUUGACUGCUAAAUGCAGAUGUUGAAAAUAAUCUUUUGAAAUUGAGUGUUUAGUUUGUAAAAUUUAUUUGUAUGUAAAUACGUGUACAUAGAUCUUUAACAUUUACUGUUGUGGGCCUAAACUUAAUUGCAACAGAAAGUAUUUCACAACUUGAGUUCAUAUUUGUGUUCAGUUCCCACUGAAAGCAUUAUGCAUUGGUCACAAUUCUUGUGUGUUCAGUUUUAUUUUAAACAAGAUUGAAUUCCAGAGUAGCCUGUCAAUCAAACUGGCUUGCCUGAGUUGGGUGAGUGGGAGUUCAGUUGCACUGCCAAAUAUGUCAAGUAGAUCCAAGUUGAUC